AGCUGCAGGCCCCCCUUCCCGCAUCAUAUUCUUCCCUUUCCUCAUCGCUUCUCCGAGAAGCUUCACGAGAGUCCAAAUCCCACCCCCGGCGAUUCCCACCUCCAUGGCCUCCGGCGAGGGACCCCCGGGAGAUCCGAAGACCACGGUGGUCGGAGGCGAGCCGACCGUCGAGGUGCCGGAGGCUGACCUGUGCCUCGACCUGACCAGUUGCCAGCUGCACGAUCUGUGUGAGGUGGAGAUCCCGUCCUCCCUGGAGGAGCUGGACCUCACGGCCAACCGCCUAGCGUCGGUAGAUCCCCGCAUCGGUCGCCUCCCCGGUCUCCGCAAGCUAUCCUUCCGCCAGAACCUCCUCGAUGACGACGCCGUUGCCCCCCUGUCCACCUGGGACGCAAUCGCUGGCUUACAGGAGUUAGUUCUUAGGGAUAACAAGCUUACAAAGAUUCCCGAUGCCAGCAUCUUCAAGGGACUUCUGGUGUUUGAUGUUUCUUUCAACGAGAUAUCUUCCUUAAAUGGGUUAUCCAAGGUUUCCAGCACAGUGAAAGAAAUUUAUGUUUCAAAGAAUGAAGUUGCAAAGAUGGAAGAACUUGAUCAUUUUCAUGCAUUAGAAUUGCUUGAACUUGGUAGCAACAGAUUAAGGGUGAUGGAAAAUCUUCAAACCUUGACAAAUCUACAAGAGUUAUGGUUGGGGAGAAACCGAAUCCGGACAAUCAACUUAUGUGGUUUGAAAUCAAUCAAAAAAUUAAGUUUACAAAGCAACAGGCUAACUUCAAUGAAUGGGUUACAAGAGUGUGUUGCGUUAGAGGAACUGUACCUCAGUCAUAAUGGAAUUCAAAAGAUGGAAGGCCUUUCUACCUUACAGAACCUUCGUGUUUUAGAUGUUUCAUCUAACAAGCUAAUAGCUAUCGAAGAUAUUGAAACAUUAACCAGGUUAGAGGACUUGUGGUUGAAUGACAACCAAAUACCAUCACUUGAUGGGAUAGAAUCUGCGUUGUCUGGUUCACGAGAGAAGCUAACAACUAUAUAUCUGGAGAGAAAUCCUUGUGCAAAAACUCCAAACUAUUCAUCCACAUUGAAGAAAAUGUUCCCAAAUCUUGAACAAAUCGAUUCAGAUAUGCUAGCAUGAGAGGAGGGUAGACUCACUUGGCAGAUAGUGGAAGUACCUGUGGUGUCUAUACCUGAGGAAUCCGUCAGCACUCAGCAGCCAUCGAGUUCAGAACAGGCAACAUAGUCCCAUGGUGAAGCAACGGAGCAUUUUAGUACUAGUUAUCUGAAUGGAUCAUUGCAAGCAUGUCAUUGCUAACUUUACUCCAAAGAUCCAUCGCUCAAGCAAGUUGGUUUUAUUUCUUGCAGAGAUCAAUAAAACCUAAAACCAUGUUUAAGCCAUAGUUCUAUAGGAUACUAUCGCAGGCUCUGACUCCAUGUGUAAGCCAUAUUUCCUGCAGAGAACAAUUUUGAAGAUGUUGUGUACUUGAGUUUGUUUUUACUUUAAUUUUUUUCUGUAGUGGUUGUGCCCAAAUACUGAACCAAAGUUUAUGGAAAUUAACAUCUUGAGGGUGAGGCUUGGACCAUCCUGGCUUGCUGACAU